AUGCAGUAUCUACAUACAAGAAGAACCAGCGUCUACAGAAGAGGACUUCUCAUCGAUCUCCUGACCAACGUUCUCACCAGUCUCCUAACAGUGACCCUUGUCAAUAUUGCUCUCACAAGCACGAUUCCGGACAAUGCCCAGCCACGGGUGCAUCGUGCAAUAACUGCGGAUGCACGGGUCAUUGGCCCGCAACCUCCAGAAAAAUGCCCUGCUAAGGAAGCUCAGUGCAAGACCUGCCAGAAACAGGGACAUUUUGAGAAGAUGUGCAGGUCGACCAAGAAAAGUCAGACUGGGUACACAGCUUCACCUCCUCCUAAUAAGUCAAAUCCCAGCUGCCGUUUCGUGGGUGAUACCUUGGGUAGCGAGUCCCCCACACCAGUCACUGUCUCUCUGUCAUUUGGCGAUAUAUCAGCACAACUCCAGCUAAUCCCCGAUACAGGAGCAGACAUCACAGUGAUUGGCACCAUACAUUUGGAUGCACUCCGCAUACCUCGGACAAGGCUUGAACCUCCACCCAUGACAGAUGCCGUGACAGCAGAUGGAUCCCCCAUGACACCGGCUGUAGGAUACUUCCAGGCAACACUUCGUCUUGGCAACAAGUCUUGCUCAGCAACCAUACAUGUUCAUGAGGAUAUCCAGACUCCCCUCCUCUCCCGUGAACAUUGCCGAGCCCUCGCCAUAGUGUCACCGGAAUUCCCGAAGCCCAUCCUCAAGGUAACACAUGUCAACAGAUGCGCUCAGUUUCCUGCCUCUGCCAUAACGUCACCCGCAGCUAUUAAGGACUAUUUUCUUCGGCACUUCAGCGACGUCCUCAUAUCCAAGAAGGAUCUACAAACCCAGCCACUAAAGAAAAUGGCAGGCCCUCCGAUGAGGAUUCACCUGAAACCUGGUGCUACACCAUUCGCUGUGCAUACACCCAGGCCAAUUCCGUUUGCUCUCAGAGAUCAAGUGAAAGAAGAACUUGACUCCUUGGUGCAACAAGGAAUCAUCAGACCAGCAGGCGACAAGCCCUCUGAAUGGUGCCAUCCCAUGGUCUUGGUACCCAAGGACAAAGGUGUGCGCAUCACUGUCGAUCACACCCACCUAAAUUCUCAGGUAGCCCGCCCUACACACCCUUCACCUACGGCCCAUGAUGCCGUCUGCAACAUCUCUCCUACUGCGAAGUACUUCACCACAGCGGAUGCCCUGCAUGGUUAUUGGCAAAUGGAGUUGGCAGAAGAGGACCGCCACCUGACUACAUUUAUAACUCCGUAUGGAAGGUUCCAGCACUGUCGCGGCCCGAUGGGAUUUUCAGCAACAGGUGAUGCAUACUGCCUCCGUGGAGAUAUGGCACUACAAGGUGUUCCCAACUGUGUGAAGGUUGUAGAUGACAUCCUCCUUUCCGACGAGGAUCUCCCUUCCCACCUACAACACGUGCACCAAAUGCUGACCAGAUGCCGUCAGUAUGGCAUCACCCUCAACAAGGAGAAAUUUACUGUAGCCGUCCCUAAAGUUAACUUUUGCGGUUAUGUCUUAUCAUCUGAUGGUAUUGCAGCAGACCCCGACAAGGUAUCAGCUAUACGCAACUUCCCGACACCGUCCAAUGUCACAGACGUCAGGUCGUUUAUGGGUCUCGUCAAUCAACUUGCCGACUUCACUCCAGACAUUGCAGCAGCAGCACAGCCCCUACGUCCACUUAUGAGCCCCAAACGCUCAUUCGUCUGGACGCCCGACCAUGACCGAGCAUUUAAGAAAGUCAAGACAGCUCUGACUUCACCACCUGUCCUGGCACCCUUCAAUCCUGCCUCGCCUGUGGUUCUACAAACAGAUGCCUCACGCCUAUACGGUCUCGGCUAUGCCCUACUUCAAGAUAACGGCCGAGGUCAGAUGCGUCUCGUCCAGUGUGGCUCUCGUUUCCUUACGGAUACAGAGACUCGCUAUGCCACCAUAGAGCUGGAGCUACUUGCAGUCACUUGGGCUAUAGCUAAGUGCCGCCUAUACUUGUCUGGACUUCAACAUUUCACCUUAAUGACUGACCAUCGCCCCUUGAUACCAAUUCUCAAUCACUACACUUUGGAUGCUAUUGAGAAUCCACGCCUUCAACGCCUCAAGAUGAAAGUGGCCCCCUACAUCUUCACUGCAGUAUGGCGCACAGGGAAACAACUUAGCAUACCAGAUGCCCUGUCUCGCUCCCCAACCAGUCGCCCCACACCUGAAGAUGAAGAGGAGUGCACUACUUCGACUGCACAUGUCAGGCGUAUCGUUGCCAGCACCGCCACUUCCACUGACGACCAGGCAACAGGACCCAUCAUCGAAGAAGACAAGUCUCUACAAGAAAUCCGCACGGCCGCAUCUCAGGAUCAAGAUUACAGUCGUCUCGUUCAAUACGUCUCCAACGGUUUUCCUACCAACCGCUAUGAUCUCCAUGCUUCCGCCCUCCCGUAUUGGAAGCUGCGGGACAACCUUUACGCGGAUGGAGAGUUAGUAUUGUAUGGACCCCGGAUCGUCAUCCCUGCAGCCCUCCGUAGACGCACCUUGGAUCGACUCCACGACAGCCAUCGAGGGAUUGAAGCUACUCGACGUCGUGCAAUGCAGACAGUAUUCUGGCCCGGUAUCAAUGCAGAUAUCAAGAGUAAAGUAGAAAGCUGGAAAUCCUUCCUUGUUAUUGCUGAUAGACUUUCAGGCUGGCCUGUGGUUGUUCCCUGUGGACGUGACACAACUGCAGCCAGAGUUACAAGAAUGUUCUGUGUUUUCUUCCGCGAGGUUGGUGUUCCACUUCGCUUACGAACUGAUGGAGGACCCCCAUUUUCCAGCCAUGACUUCAAGCAAUUCGCCGACCGCUGGGGAGUUCAUCACAUCAUCACUUCUCCACAUUACCCUCAGGCUAAUGGACACGCAGAAGCUGCAGUGAAAGCUGUUAAACAUCUUAUCAUCAAGACUGCCCCAUCCGGGAACAUAGAUUGUGAAGCCUUUGAUAGAGGACUGCUGGAGCUUCGGAAUACACCGAACCCUGCUGGACGCUCCCCUGCGCAGAUCCUCUAUGGCCAUCCUCUCCGUACUUGUGUUCCGGCUCACCCCAGAUUAUUCACAGAGGAGUGGCAAACUAAGACUGAAGAUUACGACCAUUGCACUGCUGCCCAAACCGACCAAGCCAUGAGCCUUUACAAUUCUCAUGCCCGCCCUCUACCCAAGCUCACCAUCGGCCAACGAGUUAGGAUACAGGACUCAACGACGCUUCGAUGGGACAAGGUCGGCAUCAUGAUGGGCCGCGGAAUGUCAAGAAAGUAUGAAAUACGCCUUCCAAGUGGUCGUGUAUGGUUUCGAAACCGAAGACAUUUACGCCCAGUGGCUAACAUGAGUGAUGGCACCUCUCCCCAAGUCCCUGUGUCCCCUUGCCCUGGCCAGGAAAGAGAGCCAUCAUUCGAACCCUCCAAUGUCCCUCGUCAUUCACCUCGACUAGCUCAGAAGAAUUAA